AUGGCUGAACAUGUCGAUCAUCAUUUAGUCGAAACAAAUCUUCGACAUCGUUUCGAAUAUUUAGCGAAAUUUGUCAAUUUUACUACUGAUGAUAUCGUCAUGCUUAAUAGAAUUGGUAAACUUACAGCUUCAAUGUUACCAGAUAUAGUCGAUCAAAUCUUUCAACGAUUUCUCGAUUUCGAUAUUACAAAACGUUAUUUUCUUAUGCGACAUUUUGGUUAUACAGGAAUUGUUACUGUUAAUGAAUCUGAAUUAACUUUAUAUUCAGAACAAAUGUGUUUUCGACGAACAACUUUUGUCAAAUAUCUCAAAAGAAUUCUUCGACAAAAAGUUUGGAAUGACGCUUUUCUCGAGUAUUUAUCAUAUGUUGGUAAAAUUCACACACGAUUAGCUGGUUCACAUUCGAUUGAUGUGGAUUUUAUUCAUAUUAACAUUUCAUUUGGUUUUGUUGAACAUAUUUUACUCGAUGUUGUUCUUUCCAAUGAACAAAUUGAUGAUAAAACAAAGAAAUCAGCAAUUCUUGCUUUAAACAAAUUCUUCUGGAUUCAAAAUGAUUUUUUCUCAAUACAUUAUACAAAACAAUCAAACACAUCACGUUUCUCAUGUUGUUUUCCAAAUAUUAAAAUUGGAUGUUCGACAAUUUGA